CCCCAUUUUUGUCGGAAAUUCUCUGAAAAUGAGCUUCAUCGACGAAAAAAUCCGGCUUAACAUUGGUGGGACCAUAUUUGAAACUUCAAAGUCUACCCUGACAAAGUUCGACGGGUUUUUCAAAACACUGCUGGAAACUGAGAUUCCUAUCCAAAAAGACGACUCAAAUUGCAUUUUCAUAGACCGAUCUCCGAGGCAUUUCGAAAAAAUUCUAAAUUACCUGAGAGAUGGUGCAGACGUGGAUUUACUUCCAGAAUCUGAAAAAGAAGUUCGAGAAAUUUUGAAAGAAGCUCAAUUUUAUCUAAAAGAAGGUUUAAUGGAGCUUUGCAAGAGGUCAACUUGUAAAAUGCGGACGUUUGAUUCUUAUCACGAUUUGCUGAAGUUGAUAGCGGAAGCUGGAAAGCCGGUUCUAGUGAUAUUCUAUCUGGUCAAAGACAAUCGAAUUGUUCACAUUCCCUCAAAUUUCAAAAUUCGAGAUUUUUUGGAGAAGCACCACGGAAUGUUGGAGAUAUAUUUCAAAGAAUCCCCAUACGAAACAAUCCAACAAAAUCCAUCACAAUUUUUACCUCCUGGCCGUGAGGAAGCAGCUCCGUCAUGGACCUACUGCUUCUAUAAUGCUCCAAAAUUACCGUUCAGAUUUACUAUUUCGUUUUUGGAAAAGUUGGAGGAGGAUAUCGAAUUUGUGUUGGGGAACUUGAAUGAAUAAUGUUUAAAAUAAAAAACUACAAACUAUAUUUGUAAAUUAGGAAUUUCAUAAAUUUCUCUUGACAAACUGAAUAGUUUUUUUCUAAAUCUAGAAAUUUCCAGAACUUCUUUUUUUAGUUUUUAUUUGAAAAUGGCAAUUCCAAAUGAUAAUUCAAAUAAAACAUUUGUUCAACAAUAACUAAAAAA